AUGUCGACCCUGAAACUUUAUUGGAAUGGCUCAGUAUGGGGCAAGGAGACGAAAGGGACAUGCAGUUAAUUGCAUUAGAACAAUUGUGCAUGCUGUUACUCAUGUCCGAUAAUGUUGAUCGUUGCUUUGAAUGUUGCCCUCCGCGCACAUUCCUCCCAGCACUUUGCAGAAUUUUUCUGGAUGAAUUAGUGCCAGACAGUGUGUUGGAAGUGACUGCUCGAGCUAUUACAUAUUACUUGGAUGUUUCCGCGGAAUGUACGCGCAGAGUGGUUGCUAUGGAAGGCGCGGUGAAGGCUAUUUGCAGUCGACUUUCUGGUGCUGGACUUGGUUCUAGAGCCAGCCGGGAUUUAGCAGAACAAUGUAUAAAGGUAUUAGAACUUGUAUGCGCGAGAGAAGCAGGCGCUGUAUUCGAGGCUGGUGGUCUACCUUGUGCGUUGUGCUUCAUCCGAGAACACGGAGCGCGCGUACAUCGGGACACGUUGCAUUCGGCAAUGGCAGUCGUUACGCGUCUAUGCGGCAAAGUUGAACCUCAAGAUAAGGCUUUACCCGAUUGCGUUGAGGCUCUAUCGGUGUUACUCAGACACGAGGAUGCGCACGUUGCAGACGGAGCACUUCGUUGCUUUGCAUCACUGGCAGACAGGUUUUCCAGAAGGGGAACAGAUCCUGCACCAUUAGCAUCAAAUGGAUUAGUUUCUGAACUUUUAUAUCGGUUGUCAAAUGCAGCAGGACCUGGCACAUCCACUACGGCGACUUGCAGCAAUCCAAAAACACCACCACCAUCUAGUACCAUAACUACGGUUCCAGCUCCGGAACCAAAAUCCUGUGCUUCUGUUUCGACCAUAAUUAGUCUCUUAUCGACACUUUGUAGAGGAUCGCCGUCAAUUACGCACGAUCUUUUACGUUCGGAAUUACCAGAUGCAAUAGAAAAGGCACUAAAAGGAGACGAACGAUGCGCUCUCGAUUCUAUGAGGUUAAUAGAUCUUCUAUUAGUCUUACUAUUUGAAGGUAGAUUAGCAUUGGGCCGUAACACUACCGGUGGUCCAUCUGGUCCUUUGUUACCAAGAUUGAGACGUUUAGAUAGCGCUGGAGAAAAAUCACAUAGACAAUUAAUCGAUUGCAUACGCUCAAAAGAUACAGAUGCUUUGAUAGAAGCAAUUGAUACAGGUGGGAUUGAAGUUAAUUUUAUGGAUGAUGUUGGGCAAACUUUGCUCAAUUGGGCUUCAGCGUUCGGUACGCAAGAGAUGGUCGAAUUCUUGUGCGAUAGAGGAGCAGAUGUUAAUAAGGGCCAGCGAUCGUCCAGUCUACAUUAUGCAGCUUGUUUUGGAAGACCAGCUAUUGCCAAAGUUUUACUUAGACACGGUGCUAAUCCUGAUUUGCGGGACGAAGAUGGUAAAACACCUUUGGAUAAAGCCAGAGAACGCGUCGAUGAAGGACACAGAGAAGUUGCAGCCAUUUUACAGUCACCUGGAGAAUGGAUGUUACCACCGAGUCAAGAACAUAGAAAACUUGAGACAGAAAUAGAAGAAUUUACAGAACCUAAGGGAGAUCCUGAAAUGGCGCCUGUUUAUCUAAAAAGAUUAUUGCCAGUGUUUUGUGCAACCUUUCAGUCAACUAUGUUACCGAGUGUUAGAAAAGCGAGUUUAAGUUUGAUCAGAAAAAUGGUGCAUUACAUCCAACCAGAAUUGCUUAUAGAAACCUGUAGAUCUGACAAAACCGGGGGAUGUGGAGCUAUGCUUGUAGAAGUAAUUGCCAAUGUUUUAGAUAAUGAGGAACUUGAAAUAAAGGCGCCAUUAUCAUCACCUAUGGCUUUUAAGAUGUUUGGUCCAAAAUUACUCGGCUUUACGACUCGCAAGUCUUGUUGCAACUACAUUCUCGAUAAGACGGAAGAUGAGGACGGUCAUUUAGUUGUCCUGCAAAUGAUACAAGAUUUGAUGAUUAAAGGCAAAGAGGAAUUCUUAGAACAUUUCGCACGUUUAGGAGUAUUUUCAAAAGUUGCCGCUUUGGCCGGACCACAAGAAACUACACCUGAGCCAGAAACAGAAUCAAAUCAAUCAGGAGAUGAUCAAAGAAUGGAAGAUGCGAAAGAAUUAUUAAUAGGUAGAGCGUAUCAUUGGAGAGACUGGUGUAUAUGUAGAGGACGUGAUUGUUUAUACAUUUGGUCCGAUGCAGCGGCUUUAGAACUAUCGAAUGGGAGCAACGGAUGGUUUAGAUUUAUUCUUGACGGCAAAUUGGCAACUAUGUAUUCCAGCGGAAGUCCGGAAGGUGGGACGGAUACAUCAGGAAAAGGAAGGAACACAGAGUCGCUUACUACUGAAGAAAAUCGUGGUGAAUUUCUGGAGAAACUGCAAAGGGCACGUAGUCAGUUAAAAGUAAACUUUGUAAGUCAGCCUGUGCUCUCUCGACCUGGCACUACACGGCUGGUUGUAGGAAAUUGGGCAUUAUCCAGUAGAAAGGAGAGCGAAUUAUGUAUACAUAAUAGUGAUGGCCAACAACAGGCAACUAUUUUAAGAGAAGACUUGCCAGGUUUUAUUUUUGAAUCAAACAGAGGUACAAAGCACUCUUUCACGGCAGAAACAAGUUUAGGUCCAGAAUUUGCAGCAGGUUGGACUGGUAAAAGAGGAAAAAGAUUGAGAUCUAAAAUUGAAGCAAUUAAACAAAAAGUCAAAGUGCAAGCGCAAGAGAUAUAUGAACGUUAUUUUAAAGUAGCUCAAGCUCAACCACGGGGUGUAGUUGCUAAGCUUGGUACCAUUGUUAGUCAAAUAGAGAAAGCAUCUCAGAAACAACAAUCUGGAAAUCGUGAGUGGCGUAAUGUGUUGCAAUCCGCAUUAGAGCAACUUAAAGUAUUAUUAAAUGAGGAAGGUCGAGUAUCUGCAUACGAAUUACACUCCAGCGGUCUUGUGCAAGCGUUACUCGCUUUGUUGGCUGCACCUCCUGGACCCUCACCACCAACAUUGAGGGCGACUAAACUUAGGAUGCAGAGAAUAACUGUGUUUAAUAGUUGUUUUCAGACAAAAGACACGAAUAAGGAACAUAAUUCUGCUAAAAUUUUAGUCCACAAGUUGGUUUCGGUCCUAGAAUCGAUAGAAAAAUUACCUGUAUACCUGUAUGACACACCUGGAUCAGGCUACGGUUUACAGAUUCUGACCAGGAGAUUACGCUUUCGAUUGGAAAAAGCUUCUGGCGAAUGCGCGUUAAUAGAUCGAUCUGGUCGUAGCUUAAAAAUGGAACCAUUAAGUACGAUACAACAGCUAGAGAAUCAUUUAUUAAAAAUGGUAGCUAAGCAAUGGCACGAUCAUGAUAGAUCUACAUUUACAUUCGUGAAAAAGUUGAAGGAAGAAAAUAGAAUAAUAUUCAAAUAUCAGCAUGAUUUUGACGAAAAUGGUUUGCUAUAUUGGAUCGGUACAAAUGCUAAAACUUGUCCCGAAUGGGUAAACCCAGGUCAAUAUGGUUUAGUUGUCAUCACAUCGAGCGAUGGAAGAAACUUACCGUAUGGCCAUCUCGAGGAUAUACUCAGCCGCGAUCCAUCGGCAUUGAAUUGUCAUACUAAUGAUGACAAACGCGCAUGGUUCUCGAUUGAUCUUGGAGUUUGGAUAAUUCCUAACGCUUACACCUUAAGACACGCGAGAGGAUACGGUAGAAGCGCUUUGAGGAAUUGGAUGUUUCAAGCAUCAAAGGACGGCGUUACGUGGAUAACAUUAUAUGCUCAUGUAGACGAUUGUUCUUUAAACGAGCCAGGUAGUACAGCUACCUGGACAUUAGAACCACCGAGUGAAGAGACACAAGGCUGGCGGCAUUUACGUUUACAACAAAUUGGAAAGAAUGCUUCUGGACAAACACAUUAUCUAUCUGUAUCUGGUUUUGAGGUAUAUGGAGAAGUUACUGGAGUAUGCGAAGAUUUAGGUCGUGCAGCCAAGGAAGCCGAGGCCGGUGUACGGAAACAAAGAAGAUUUAUUAAAACGCAAGUUCUUAAACAUUUAAUUGCGGGAGUUAGAGUGGCUAGAGGUUUAGAUUGGAAAUGGAGGGAUCAAGACGGCGUACCACCAGGUGAAGGCACAGUUACGGGAGAAUUACAUAACGGAUGGAUAGACGUAACGUGGGAUCAUGGUGGAUCAAAUUCUUAUAGAAUGGGUGCGGAAGGAAAAUAUGAUCUUAGAUUAGUCGGCACUAGUCUUGAGACAGACAGUACAAUGAAAUGUAAAAGUGGUGGAGGAGUUUUAACUGGUCGGAAAUCAAAUAGCACUCCUAGUUUACCCGAUUGCACUGAUACCGUUAUGCGUAGUUCGGUAGCUUCCACCGAUCAAGCUGCAAGUGCGGAUAAUCUCGCGGCGAAGCAAGCUGCCGAAUCGAUAGCCGAGAGUGUGUUAUCGGUAGCCCGUGCCGAGGCAGUGGUUGCCGUAACUGGUGAGAGUGGAGCAAACUCGACAGGUGAACUCUCAGUUGUAUUGCAUCCCAGACCGGAUACAGCCGUUACUAGUGAUUUAGCUACUAUCGUCGAAAGUCUCACUCUUAAUACGGAUUGUCCGGUUAACAGUACUAGUAAUCGAGCAUCCAGUUCAAAACCACUUUUUGCUACUAUAAGAGGAAACAAGGCUAGCGGAGGCUUAUUGAGUUUAGAAACUGCUGAGGUUCUGGAUCGUAUGAGAGAGGGAGCUGACAGAUUACGCAACAAUACUAACAGUUUUCUGAGCGGUGAAUUACUUGGUUUAGUUCCCGUUAGAAUCAGCGUUUCUGGCGAAUCGGAUGAAAACUCAUUAAGGAUCAAAUCUGUACCGAGGCAUCAUCCUACAGGAAUUGCAGAUGUUGCUAAAGACUGUAUUACUCGAGAGAAAGAAGCUAGUUCAUCUACACAAAAUACAACGGGUAAUUGUCCUGUUGUGGUUACCAAUCCCAUGUCGGUAUCUGUGCCUAAUCUCGCUUGUUCCGAUGCUAACAAUACCUUGGAAUCAACAGCUGCUACUGGUUUAUUGGAGACUUUCGCUGCAAUGGCGCGAAGACGAACAUUAGGACCUACAGGUGGACAACAUCUUGCUUCAAAUUCUAGUACGAGUUCUAAUCCACGAGGACCAAAUUCUGUGUCUAGUCUCGUACGAUUGGCGCUCAGUCCAAAUUUUCCCGGUGGUUUACUUAGUACGGCGCAAAGUUAUCCAAGCUUGACGAGUAGUGGACAAGUAGCUGGUAGUGGUGUCACCACGACAACAGGACCAGGCUUAGGACAAGCGCUUACUAUGUCUCUGACUAGUACAAGUAGUGAUAGCGAGCAGGUCAGUCUUGAGGACUUCUUGGAAUCAUGCGGAGGUGUAGCAACUUCCAGCGCUGGUGGAGGUCGUACUACCGGCGGACCUACGCUUUUGACUGAACUAGAAGAUGACGAAGAUGGUGUUCUGGAGGAGGAAGAAGAUAACGAAGAAAAUGAUCAAGAGGAAGAAGAUGAAGAAAAUGAGGAAGAAGGUGACGGUUGCGAAGGCGAAUACGAAGAAGUAAUGGUAAGUCGCAAUCUUUUGGCAGCAUUUAUGGAAGAAGAAGCACCACAGAGUAGCAAGAGGCGUGCAUGGGAUGACGAGUUUGUGUUGAAGCGUCAAUUUUCUGCUCUUAUUCCUGCUUUUGAUCCACGUCCUGGCCGAACAAACAUUAAUCAGACAACGGAUUUGGAAGUUCCUCCUCCUGGCAGCGAAGCGCAAGUUAAUAGCCGCAUAGGAACAUUGCCUAUGCCUAGACUUUCCUUGUCUUUGAAAGGACCAGGUUUUCCAGGUAUACCGGAUAUUGAGAUACCGCUUUCAGAUCCGCACGCUAGUAUUUUUCAAGCGGUCCAGGAACUAAUGCAAUUAACUGAAUUGGGCAGUCGUCAAGAAAAAUUGAAAAGGAUAUGGGAACCAACCUACACCAUAAUAUAUAAGGAAGCUAGAGACGAGGAAUCAUCUGGUAGAGCAACACCGAUCGUAACAUUAUAUUCUCGUAACCUUACGCAAAGUGCAAACGCGUGUACUAUGGAGGAUGUCCUGCAGCUUUUGAGACAUGUAUUUGUUUUGAGCACCGGUCGGGACGACGGUACCUCAUUAGAACAGGAAGAAUUAAAUGAUACAACCUAUUGGCUUCAUCCAGAUGACUUUACAUCCAAGAAAAUCACAAAUAAGAUCGUGCAGCAGAUUCAGGAUCCACUGGCUCUAGCUGCUGGUGCAUUGCCCAAUUGGUGCGAAGAACUUGCACGAAGCUGUCCGUUUCUGCUACCCUUCGAAACCAGACGACUCUAUUUUAGUUGCACUGCCUUCGGUGCUUCACGGUCUAUUGUAUGGCUACAAACGCAGCGAGAUGCGAUCCUUGAAAGACAAAGAGCACCAGGUUUAAGCCCACGACGGGACGAUAGUCAUGAAUUUCGUGUCGGCAGGCUUAAGCAUGAACGAGUCAGUGUACCUAGAGGAGAGAAAUUACUAGAUUGGGCGGAACAAGUAUUGAAGGUACAUGCAAGCCGUAAGAGUAUACUUGAAGUCGCAUUUGUAGGAGAAGAAGGUACCGGUCUUGGACCAACUUUGGAAUUUUUCGCAUUAGUUGCAGCGGAAUUGCAACGUAAAGAUUUAAGUCUUUGGUUAUGUGAUGAUGCCGCCGACGAUAAUAGCAUACAGAUCUUGAAUGAAGAGCAAACAUGUAUUUCUGGAGAGAGAAUUCGGUCUGCGGGAUAUUACGUGACACGAGCCAGUGGCUUAUUCCCGGCCCCAUUACCACAAGAUUCAGCAGCCUGCGAUCGUGCUGUUCGAUAUUUCUGGUUCCUAGGAGUCUUCUUAGCAAAAGUUCUCCAGGAUAAUAGAUUAGUAGAUCUACCGUUAUCCCGUCCAUUCUUAAAAUUAAUGUGCCGCGGUGAUAUUUCGAACAAUGUCAAUGAGAAAAUCGGUCUUACUGGCAUUACGCAGGACAGUAUGUCAUCCAGCAUGUCUAGUAGCUUUAUAUCGGAAGAGCCGCGUACAUCGUUAGAACCUUGUCCAUGGUAUGCUGGUUUAUUAGAUAUAGAAGAUCUUGCAGAGGUGGACCCUGUAAGGGGAGAAUUUCUGAAAGAGAUACAAAAUGCAAUUGCUAAACGUGAUAGAACUUUUUCCGAUAGUGUAAAUUCCACUGACGAAGAAAUGUCAUUGUACAUUACUCAUCCAUCGGGUACUUCAGUGGCUAUUGAGGAUUUAACAUUAACCAUGACAUAUUCACCAAGUUCGAAAGUUUUUCAACACGAUCAUGUGGAAUUAGUCAAAGGUGGCUCAGAUAUCGCAGUAACGAUAGAAAAUGCAAAAGAAUACACUAAUCUUACUAUCAAUUACUGCCUUAAUCAGGGAAUUUAUAGGCAACUCGAAGCGUUUAAAUUGGGCUUUUCAAAAGUCUUUCCGAUGGAAAAACUCCACGUUUUUAGUCCAGAGGAAAUGCGGGCAAUGCUUUGCGGGGAACAGAAUCCGCAGUGGACGAGAGAAGAUUUGCUCAAUUAUACCGAGCCAAAACUAGGAUACACGAAAGAAAGUCCUGGCUUCCAAAGAUUUGUCAACGUGCUAUUAUCAUUGACUGGUUCGGAAAGAAAAGCAUUCUUACAAUUUGCUACUGGUUGUUCGGCUCUACCUCCAGGAGGUUUAUGUAAUUUACAUCCCAGAUUAACUGUCGUACGGAAAGUGGAUGCUGGUUCUGGUGGUUAUCCUUCUGUUAACACCUGUGUUCAUUACUUAAAAUUACCAGAAUAUCCUACUGAGGAAAUUCUGAAAGAAAGACUCUUAGCUGCUACCCGAGAAAGAGGAUUUCAUUUGAAUUAAAUUUAAAAUUUUUCUUAUUCUAAGAUUAAAUUUAUUCUUAUUAAAUAAUGUGAAGAAAUAAAAAA